AUGAUUCUGGCACGGGAGUCGGCCAAGGCCGCAACCGUCGGAUCGGAAUUUGGCACCACGCCGGACACCAAGCCGGAGCUCAGGUUCGGUGUCGUCGGCAUCUUCUGGGAUACAUUUGCUGCUGUCUGGACGGUUGUGCUGGUUGGCGGCAUGGUCUCCCUCUGGGUGAACCGUCAGAAACCGGCGCUUAGACGGCGUGGCCUGACUCUAACAUUUGCCGGUCUCGUUCUCCUUCAUCUCUACUGGACCACUGUGCAGAUCACCUACACCAUAGGUCCUCUUGUACCCGAGGUGGCCGAGUACUGGGUCAUGGGCCUGUGGUACCCCUUUGGCAUCGCAUUGUUCCAGGCAGGCAACAGCCAGUUUCUCCACGUUGCCAAGGCACAGAGCCGCUUCGCUCGGCCUCUGAGUCAGGCGAGCCAGGCAAGCAGCUGGUACAACGAAAACCAUCACCCGAAAAAGAGCAACCUAGCCGGCCGGGUCCGCAAGAUGGACUACUCGACAAAGAUGUUCACAUUCAUUACCCUAGGCAUGGUGGUUCAGCUUUUUGUGGUUGUACUUUUCUACAUGAUGUCGCGCAAGUUCCAUGCCGACUUCGGCGUUCCUGGAACGGAGGCACCCGGAAAUACUCCUGCCGAGAUUUCCAUGCAUCAGGGCAGAGGCUGGGAAUGGAUUCCAUCGCUCUUUUGGCAGUUUCUGUGGGCGUGGGUUUUUGCGCCCAUCAUUUUGUGGAAGUCAAGAGGCAUACACGACACCCAUGGCUGGCGACUUCAGACAGUUGUCUGCUGCAUCGCUGGGCUCCCCGCGGCGCCCAUGUGGCUGAUUGCUCUCUACGUUCCCGCCAUGGCACCCGUGAAUGUAUACUUUGUGCCACCUCAAUGGAUCUGUAUCUCGAUAUUCGUCAUGGAGAUAUUCACCGUCUUCGUCCCGUGCUGGCAUGUCUGGAGGGACUCGGUAAUAUCCAAGGAGACAAAUGAGAAUAACGAGAGGUGGAAGAUCAAUAGGGUUUCGGUCUCUGGAAGAGACAGCAGCGAGACGACACCGCCCCUAAGCCCCACGUCCACCAAAAUCGGCGAGUCAAGCAGCUUCGACCCCUGGAAGAAAUUGUCCAUAUUCGAGCCCAACCAGUCCUCAGAGCAGCCCGAUAUCGAAAAGUAUAGCGACGACAGCAUCUUGACUAUGAAGGCACUAGAGCACGUCCUACACAAGAACCCCGAGCCGCUCCGCCAGUUCUCGGCGCGCCGCGACUUUUCUGGCGAAAACAUUGCCUUCUUGACUGCCGUGGCUGACUGGAAGGCCUUGAUCAGCCAAGAUUUCCGCCAGGACGGCCAAGACGGCGUCACACCCGAACUCGUCCGCCAGUAUUUCACCGACGCACUGCGCAUCUACACCGACUUCAUCAGCCCGCGCGACGCCGACUUCCCCAUCAAUAUCGCUUGGCCCGACCUGCGCAAGCUUGAGGGCACUUUCGAGCGCGCGGCUCGCAGCGUACUGGGCGACGGCGACAAGAGAAGUGCCGCCGAUGCCGUGUCUCCCUUUGCCGAAGUCGCCUGGGACUCGCCUCCUGUCGAUCGCGCAGCGCAGCAGUCGCGAGGAUCCGAGGACGGCAUGCUCGACAUGGAGGCGUCCGCGACCGUUGCCGCCCACGGCACACACACGCUCGCCCUCACAUCUAGCAGUGCCACAGUCCUGGCGGCGGGUGCCAAGUUCGCCGUCUUCAAAGGCGACAUUCCGCAGGCGAUUGACGCCACCGUCUUCGACGCCGCCUACGGCAGUGUCAAGUACCUCGUGCUCACCAACACGUGGCCCAAGUACGUCCGCGAGCGACGCAACUCGGAGAGCUCGUCCGGCACCGCCCGCACUGACGAGACGUACGAGACAACGGGCUUCAAGAAGUCCAUGCGCCGCAUCUUGUCAUCCCUAAAGCCUUUGAUCGGUUAA